AUGUCGGAAGCAGAGAGAACCACCAGUAAACCAUCGUCCGGACCGCUCAGUCCAAGACCCGAAUCUCCGACGACCGCACGCCCCUUGGACUUUGACGAUGAAUACCAAGAGACCGGCGUCACCCCCACCUCGUCCGCUCCUCCACAGCUGAGUGCUACGGAAGCAGCUCCCCCAAAGCCACCUCGCCCAUUGUCUCCGCAACAACAAGCAGAAAACACUCUCAAAGAAGCGUUUCCCUCAAUCGAUGCAUCUGUUAUUAAAGCUGUGUUGAUGGCAAGCGCAUACGACGUGGAACGGGCAUUCCAUGCCCUUCUCGGCAUGACGGACCCAAACGCACAGGAGGACUAUGCCCCCCCUAAGCCGCCGCGUCCUACCGCAGCACAAAGACAGCUCGAAGCCGAUGAGCUUUAUGCUCGCCAACUGGCUGAACACUACAACCGCCGCACACAGCCACCACGUGGGGGAAACGAGGACCCCUACAGCCGGCAGAGACGAGGGGACGAACAGGAAGAUGAGAAGGAGUAUAACUUCUUUGAUGAUGACCUACCCGUGAUCCGCGAAAACAUUCGCAAAGGUUUCCUCGAUACUCAGACCAAGGUCAGCGCAUGGGUCCAAAAUCUGAAGAAGCGACUGGAUGGCGAGGAGGAGGAUGAAGACAACCAUGCCCCCCGUGGGUAUGGAGAAGAAAGCUAUGGUCGUCCGCGGAGAAGUGGCGAGUUGGGUCGCCGCAGCGGUGAUCGCGAACGCUACGACGCAGAUCCACAAGUCCUGAGCGAUGACUUCUCUGCCCUUGAGCUUAGGGACACAGAAGCUCCUCCACCACGCCCACCACGACCGCUUGCGAAUCCCGCGUUGUAUAAAUCAUCAUCGCCUUCGCCCGACAGACGCAAGGUAUCAUUCCAAGAGGGCCCGCCCACUGAGAUUGGCAACCUCUAUGACUCCUCUGAGCCGGCCAAACGCCAGUCCCCUGCUGGAGGGAAGCCAAGCAAAUGGCAGCCUCUGUCGACGGUCGAGCCAUCGCCUAUCGGGGAGAAUGACCCAUUCAGUCUGGGCGAUAGUGAUGACGAAAAGGAUAUCAAGGCUAAGGACCAGGUUACUGCUGAUGAAAGUGAUCGUGUACAGAAAGCCACAGCCGAGGCCGUGUCCGAGGAACUUGGCUCGGCCUCAAAGGAUGGUCCCAAAGCAGAGAGUGCUACGAAGUCUUCAUGA